GGGUCGCGGCAUUAGGAAGGUUGAGAACCACUGCUCUAGGGGGAGCCUAGGACUGCCAGGAACCCCCAAGCAGCCAGGAGCCACCCUAUCAACCCUGCCAGGCUCCAUGUAUGCCUACCAGAAGAGGGCAGGCACAGGGCCCCCGUCCCUCCUACCCAGCACAGAGCUCUCCGCACACACCUGCCCGCCUGCAGUCUUUCCUAAAGAGGCCAUCGUUUGCCUUUCCUGUUGUCUCUGUCAGGAGCCCAGGCUGUGGGGUGCCCUCUCUGCCCUUGUCCUUUCUGUUCCCCAGCGUCACUAGGUGGGAUGCCUUCUUGGACCGGAGUCACCAAACCCCACAGAAGCCGAACUCUGCAGGCUGGGGAGAGCCAAGCUUUGUGCGCCUGUAUCGAGGCUGCUGAUGAUACAAAUGCGGCCGGCUGGCAGGCUCUGGUGCACAGAACUCAGCUCAGGGCCAAGCCUCCUCCUCCUCCUCUUCCUCCCCCCACGCAUCUCUGCGAAUCAUAGCUUCCAGCUAUUAGACUAAAAAUGCAUCUUUCACUGUCAAGAAGCCGUGCCACAGACAUCCAAGAGUCCUUAGCUAUGCAGGUUUGCUAUCUUGGCCUAGAAAUGGGGCGGCUGAGCCAACUUAAUAUCUUCCUUCAAGAAUCUGCCCGCGCUGAUGCCAAGAAUGCUCACCAGCUGUCUCUGGCUCUGAUGAGCGAUGAACCAGAGGAGCCCAGAGGAGUCACAUUUGACCUGCUGUGAAUUCAGCUUCCGCCACCGGCGUGGGGCCCGAAGACAGGCCCCAGGCAAGGGGCUGGGCCAUGUUCAGCCCUCAUCUCAGCAGAAGGGCUUCCGAUGGAGGACCAGCCGGCAGAGGGCCCGGGCCUGGGCCUGCAGCACCCAGCCUUCCAGGCAACGGUGACAUGGAAGUGAUCAGAGUCAUGCUGAUUAUAGUCCUCAGCCUUUCCUACUUUUAUAACUUCUUCCUGGGAUUGGAAUUCACCUAUAUGAUUCCUCAAACGGCGUGCGUCAUCUUCAUGGCUGUCUUCCUCACGUUCUUCACCGGUGUCCUUCUGCUCUCCGCACUCCUCCUGUAUCACAUAAAGCUGAGGCAAGGCAAAUCCGUGUACUACUCUAAUUAUCAUGUCACCGGGAACAUUGAACAUUCCUACAUUAGCGUUUUCUUCCAUUUUGCCUCUGGACUCUUCUCUCUCCUAGAGUACCGGCGGGUCAUGAAGAAUAGUGCCUCUGAAUCCACCAUGGGAAACUCUGGCUGCGACAGUGACGUGAGACAGCAGUCUGGGAGUUCUAUCCAAGUGAUUUCAUUACCAGAGCGCAGCCCCAUUCUGCCUAGCAUUGUCCACGCGCACUCUGAUCUGUCCAAGGAGAAUAGGCUCCAUAGGGACUCACAGAUGCAGAAACGCCGAGUAACCUGGGCUAUGUAACUUGAUCAUCCAUCGCUCCUACGUGCUCAUCUAAAUGAAAACCUUUUCCUGUGCCUGUUUCUGGGUGGAUGUUCAACCGUGUUGUCUGUAAAUGACUGUGACCUGGUUGACAUCUGUCAGAAAAUCCAGACUAUGGCUUUAAAAAAAAAACAAAACACCCC